AUGCACUCUCGGUCGUUGCAAAACUGUGACGCGAAUGAUUUGUUGGGCGGCAGUGCCGACACCUCUUAUCUAAAGCGAACAGAUGAUGCACGAGCCGGGUAUGCACAGGUCCGCGUGUUGAGCUACAACUUCAACAUACUUCCCAGAGGCUGUGGCGGAUUCCAAGGGGAGCGCAUCAGCGCUUUCCUGGAGUACGUCGAUCAAUACGAUGUUCUGAUGCUUCAGGAGGUCUACGCUGUGAGUGUACUGCCGUACUUUGUGCAGAAGCGUGUAUGCUUCCAGAAGCGUCUGCUGGAUAAGCUUAACGAACGUGGCUUUUCACACUACGUCAUCUCGAGGCAGCCGUCGUACCCUACGAUCAUGCGCGACAAUGUGCUUUCCGAUAAUGGCCUUAUCAUUGCAUCACGGUUCCCCAUUGGGCAGUGCGGGUCGUACACGUUCUGCAGCAGUGGACAAAACGAACGGUCUGUUCGGAGGGGUUGCCUCUUUGCCGAGGUGACGGUGCCGUUGAGUGAUGGCGGGAACGAGCCGGUUGUAUUCUUUAAUGUGCACCUUCGCCCUGAUGAAGGUCCCAUCGCAGCCUCCUCGCAGGUGAUGAAGAUGGGCCAAUACGUUGAAUCUGUGAUUCGUCACCUCUAUGCAGACGAAGACGAGGCGCUGAAAGCUCCAUUUGUGGUGGCUGGUGACUUCAACGUCAAUGGCAUUGACAUCCACAAUGCUGGGCAGCCCACAAAGAGACUGAGCGACCUUAUGCAGGAGCUGCAGCGGCUGGGCGGUGGGCUCAGCGAGGCGAUUUUCGACACUCAUGGCUGCCACCCCCCGACACGGCCGUCGAAGCUAUUCUUCCCGGCGCAGUCGAAGCUGCACCGUAACUUCCUCACGCCGCAGAGACAGGACUACCUUUUCGUCAGCCCGUCGGUUGAGGUUCACGUAGCACGGAUUCGUAAAUUUGUGGCGAGCAGCCAGCGGCCGUAUAUGUAUCUCUCCGACCACUUUGGUGUGUCCGCAACACUCUGUGUCGCUGCGACCGGGCGGCACGCGCACCGAGAGACGCUGAGGCGUCGCGUCCUGAGUGUGUCACUCGCCGGAGAGGCUGUCCACGAGCGCUCCAAUCCGCUUUCGAGCAUGAAGAUGGAGGUCAUCCCCUUGUUAAUGCUGGCAUGGGCCGCCUUGCACUUGAGUCGGUUAACCCUCCUCUGUCUGGGGUUUGUGUGGCUUCUAGUGUGGUGGUUUAGCUCUCGCAUCCGCGUUCUGAGCAACGAGAAAAAAUUUGCGAUGGUAACAAGCGUUGUGGUAGAGGGCAAGGAGGCAGUCACACUGAAGCAGCCAAAGGAGUACAGCAUCCUGCGUGGUGUGGGUAGUCUCGCGGAGAUGUGGCAGCGGACGGUGUAUAACCACAAGGCGUUGCGUUGCCUCGGCCGGAAAAGUGAUGUUGGCGAGCCGGAGUGGUCAACGUACGCAGCGGUGGACGCACGUGUGCGGGAGCUUGGAGCUGGUCUUUGCGCGUUGGGUAUUGCUCCUGGUGAUGUUAUUGGUGUGGACUGUCAGGCAAGCAGUAAGGCAGUCAUCCUCGAGCUUGCGUGUGCAGUGUACGGUUUUUCAACGCUUACGCUUGUUGGGAAUAGCACUACUGUCCGGGCACUUAUUGAUGAAUAUAACGUGAAGGUUGCCUUUGCCAGUCGAAGCGCCGUGGCGUCGCUUCUUACGUGCCGCUCACGAAGGCUGGAGACGGUGGUUUUCAUUAACCCCUUCUCCGACGCUGUAGACGACGCGGUUGCGCGUGAUGUCGGCAUUACGUUGGUCUCUUACGAUGAUGUGGCACACAAAGGACGGUCGUACGCUGCUCCCCCGCCUUUGCACGUUGAUAGCAAUUCCGUGUUUUCUCUGGUUGUGGACACAGCCACCACGGGUGAUUGCCCGAAGACGGUCCGCAUCACGCAUGGUGAUGUGCUUCGUAGCAUUCAAACACUUGUUGCCACCUCCGUUCUUCCCACCUCGCAGGAGAAACAUCUGCUGGUGCAGUUUAUGCCGUUCUCAGUGGUGUUUAACCGCAUUUUCGUCUUUGGACUUUUUGCGCACGGGAGCUCUGUGGCGACGUCAGAUGCGUUCACGCAGCAAACCUUCGCGGUAUUUCGGCCGACGAUCAUGCUGGCCCCACCCACUCUUUUCGCAACAAGCGCGAUACAGCUGGACCGCAGGAAUGAGCGGUAUGGGCGUGUAUACAAGUGGGUGUUCGAGUGGGUGUAUCAGCUCCGCUCCGUCCUCAUUAAUGUGCACUGCCGUGACCUGUCGGUCCUGCGUUUUCUUUUUUUUCACUCCACCCGGCGACAGCUUGGGGGAAGAGUGGAAAAAAUUGUGCUUUACGCAUCGGAAGAGAGUACGCCGUAUGAACUGGAGGAGCACAUCAGAGUCUGCUACGCGCCUUGCCUGCGGGAAGUGUUCUUCCUGCCGUCUGAGGGUGUCUUCUGUGUCGAUGGUAUUCCGGCACCCGGCCUGCGGGUCGAGCUUGACCCGUUCGACGAGACUGCGAGGAAGGCGAAGAUUGGUCAACUUGCCGUUAUCUGGGAGGCUGAGGAGAAGCACUCGCUGCCAAUUGCGGCGAAGUGGAAUGAUGACCGGACACUGCGACUUAUGGGUCCGCCAGAGGGAGUUCUGUUGCCGGUCAAGUGCGAGUAUGUUGUGGCGGCGGAACUUGAACGCAUGUUUGCCCAAUCGCGCUAUGUGAACGAUAUAUUCCUACACGCGCAGCCGUCGAAGCCUAUCAUAGCUGUGGUGGCACCCAACCGUGAUACCGUUGAAUUUGAAUGGAUGCAGCGCUCCGGCCGCGAUGAAAGCGAGAAGCUUAGCUGGACAAAGCUUGCCGGUUUUGCAGGAGAUCUCAUUCUUGCGGAUUUCCGACAUAUUGCCAAGGCGCAUUCUCUCCAUGAAUCGCACGUCCCAGGGCACGUGCACCUUCACCCGCACGCGUUUUUGGACCACGAGAGCUUUUUGACACCAUAUGGGGAAAUCAGGCGCAAGUGCGUGGCCCUUUACUUUAAAUCUGUUAUUGAUAAUUUUAACUUGGAUGUUGCAUCCCAAUCCAGUCCGACGCAGGUGUGUAGCAUCUCCAGCGAAGAAGAUUCAACACCGAAGGAGAGCGUCGAAAAACCUGUCCCCCUGCGGGUUCCUCUAGCUAUCGACAUUGGUGGUACAUUUGCCAAGUUGAUCUAUGUGCAACCACCUGGUGUCUUUGACGUACCAGACUACUUGGUGCACGAAGCCUCUUCACUUUCAGAAACGCUUGCAGUACGAACAUUUCGAUUUUUUGACGAUGUGCGGGGGGCGGAGGAGCAACUGAGGGAUUCUCCUAAUUCAGUGGUGGGAACAGUGCGCUUCGCGAAGGUUCCAUCAAAGCGCAUUCCCGAUUUCGUGGAGUACCUGGGCGAAAUUAAGGCGCUCAACUUUUAUGGUCAAGCAUACCGCGAAAGCAUCCGGGCAACCGGGGGCGGUGCAUUCAAGUACGCCAGUCUCGCGAAGAAACUGGAGACCACUUUUGAGGUGGUGCGGGAAAUGGAUGCAGUGGUGCAGGGCCUCGCACUCGUUAUCCGGGCAGCACCGGAGUCCAUCUUUACCGUCGACCCGCCAACAGGGAGACGCUACCCGCACAAGUUGCGCACCCCCCCUGGUGAGCCGCUGUCGCCGUUCCCGUGUCUGCUUGUCAACAUUGGCUCUGGUAUCUCCAUCAUCAAGUGUAUCGGCCCUGACGGCUCGCACGUGCGUGUGGGUGGGAGUCCCAUUGGUGGGGCAACGUUCUGGGGUCUCGUGCGCACCAUGACGGAUGUGACGUCGUGGGAAGAGGUGAUGGAAAUAAUGAGACUUGACGGCCCUGGUGACAACAAAAAUGUUGACCUUCUCGUUGGUGAUAUAUAUGGCUUUAACGCGAAGGAUCUCCCGGCGAUGCUUUCCGUUGACACUGUCGCCAGCACGUUUGGCAAGUUUGGAACGGAACGCUUCUGCAACAUGGCGACGGGCAUGAAGAGGGCACACAGCAUCUCAAGCGAUGAGGGGGGUGACGCGCUUUCCCCAACCUCCCCAUUAAAUGCUUUGUCACCAACGCAGCCUGUGAAACGCAAGAAUAAGCCAUCAGCAAUUGAUAUUGUGCGGUCAUUGUUGAACAUGAUAUCCAGCAAUGUCACACAGCUGGCUUACCUUCACAGUCAAAUGCAGAAUGUUCCAAACAUAUUUUUCGCUGGUGGGUUUGUGCGCAAUAAUCCAAUUGUAUGGAGCCACAUUUCGUCGACGCUUCAAUAUUGGUCAAAGGGGGAAUGCUACGCACACUUUCUAAAACACGACGGUUACCUGGGAGCACUUGGCUCAGCGACGAUGGUGGGAGAAAAGGAGACCGUAUAG